AUGGCUUCGAAGCUUCUAGCCAACGCUAUCCGCCGUAACCUAUCCAAGCCCGCCGCCGCCGCCCCCUUCGGCCGUCGCCCAUUCUCGAACACCGCAGCCGUGGCUGCGGUCGAGCCUUUGGAGGAGGAUUCCGGUGGAAUAUCGAUGAAAGGGGUCAAAAUCUCCGGCAGGCCUCUCUACCUCGAUAUGCAGGCGACGUCGCCGGUGGAUCCCAGGGUACUCGACGCCAUGCUUCCUUACUAUGUCUCCCAGUUCGGAAACCCUCACUCGCGCACUCAUCUGUACGGCUGGGAAUCGGAGCAAGCCGUCGAAUCGGCCCGCGCCAGUGUCUCCGCCCUAAUCAACGCCUCCCCGAAGGAAAUCAUCUUCACCUCCGGCGCCACCGAGUCAAACAACAUCUCGGUCAAGGGCGUCAUGCAUUUUUACAGGGACAAGAAGCGCCACGUCAUCACCACCCAGACCGAGCACAAGUGCGUCCUCGAUUCCUGCCGCCAUCUGCAGCAAGAGGGUUUCGAAAUCACCUAUCUCCCUGUGAAGCCCGACGGGCUAUUGGACUUGGAGAAGCUCCGGGCCUUCAUCCGGCCCGACACCGGGCUUGUCUCUGUCAUGAUGGUGAACAACGAGAUUGGAGUGAUACAGCCGAUGGAGGAAAUCGGGAAGAUAUGUAAGGAAUUCAACGUCCCUCUUCACACUGAUGCUGCCCAGGCUUUAGGUAAGAUACCAAUCGAUGUAAACAAGAUGAAUAUAAGCUUGAUGUCUAUGAGUGGACAUAAGAUAUACGGGCCUAAAGGAAUUGGGGCUCUGUACAUGAGACGUAGACCUAGGAUUCGCGUGGAGCCUCAAAUGAAUGGUGGUGGGCAAGAGAGAGGGAUAAGGAGCGGAACAGUCCCAACCCCUUUAGUUGUCGGGUUUGGGGCUGCAUGUGAUCUGGCAAUGAAGGAAAUGGAGUAUGAUGAUAAAAGGAUAAAGUCAUUGCAAGAACGUUUGCUGAACAGGAUUAGAGAGAAAUUGGAAGGUGUUGUGGUGAAUGGGAGUGAAAAUAGUCGGUAUGCGGGAAAUUUGAACCUUUCGUUUGCGUUUGUUGAAGGAGAGAGCUUGUUGAUGGGGUUAAAGGAGGUGGCUGUGUCGAGUGGCAGUGCUUGCACGAGUGCGAGUUUGGAGCCUUCGUACGUUUUGAGGGCUUUGGGUGUUGAUGAAGAUAUGGCCCACACGUCGAUUAGGUAUGGGAUUGGGAGGUUCACGACUGAGGAAGAGAUUGAUCGGGCGGCGGAGCUUACUGUGAAGCAGGUGGAGAAAUUGAGGGAGAUGAGUCCUCUGUAUGAGAUGUAUAAGGAUGGGAUAGACAUCAAAAGCAUCCAGUGGGCACAACACUGA